AUGCAGGAAAAAAAAAAUAAUCAGUAUGCUCAAAAACGUGAAGCAGCAGAUGCAAAAAUUAGCUGUAUCUCUAUGGAAAAUUUUUUUUCUAUUUUGGAAACCAUGAAACAUCAAAAUAUAGAAAACUUUAAACAAACUAUUAGUAUUCAUGAAUAUGCUCCAAUUGAUCCAAAAGAGAUUGCAUCACAUAUUGUAGAUAAUAUUCUUAAAACGCUAAAAUUUAAAUUUAA